GUGGAUUUUGGUGCAAUUGUCUAUUCAAUCCUGUUCGGCUCUUUAAUCCUAUCCGUCGACGGCUUUCUUGUUGCUCGCGUCAAAUACCAACGCAUAACCGCCAACCAUGAACACGACUGGUAUCAAAUGGCCCCAAGGCCUGACGACCACCGGAUUGCUUGUCUCGCUCCUCCGCGCCACGCAGCUGUCGACCGUCUCCAUUUCGUGCUUUGGUGCAUGCUAUCUGAUAUGGAUGCGCAACCACCAUUUCUGCGCCGUGUCGCGCUACAGAUACCAAUGCACCGACAGCCAACUAGAGAAUUACCAGGUCCCGCUGGGAGAGGUCAUGUUUGUCGUGUCGUGCGUCCUCGUCGCCCUGGAGCUGCUCUACUCGACCGGCCUGGCGAUCCUCAUGUUGGCACGGAACAAGCGACCCGACAGCUUUACGCAGCUCUGCAGCGCUUGGACUAGUGUCGCCGUCUUCACCUUGGGCCUCGGCGCCUUCGCCUCGAUUUCCGUGGUGCGCAGGACCUGGCCGCUCUGCUACAGUGAGGGAGUGACUUACUUUAACCCCAUGCUGCCCCCCGAGACGAACAUGUGCAUCGUCACACAGAGCGCCGUGACGACUGGUUUAAUCGCCUGGAUAGCCACAAUUGUGCUGGGCAUAAUCGCCGUCUUCGAGCUCAAGAAAGACCGGCAGAGUUACGGAGCCAUCCGUUUACCUUUUGACAGCCCGGCUGGCACACAUGAGGAUAUUCCCGCCGACAGACGAGACCAGCGGGACGGGCCGGUCGACGCGGUGGCGAUUGAAGACCUCGGAGGGGUUUAGGGAAGUCGGGUUAUCAGGUGCUUUGCCGGACGCGCGUGUCUCACACGAGAAACAGAGAUUAGAUCUGUAGUCUCCGUCUUUAGAUCUCUAGUCUCCAUCUUGAGAUCUCUAGUCUCCGUCUCGCGCAUUAGAAGGUGUAUGCCGAAGACCGCCCAACUCCCUCGAACCCUUUUGUCGCGACUGUGAUGCUCGGAAAAAGGCCCGCUGCCGCCCGUCCCGCCCGCUAGAGUAGAGCCCGG